CCUGUGUCAAAUGCAAGGUGGUGGUUCUAAGACCAACAGUAAAUACACCAAACCUUUCUGUAGGUUACUGACGGUCUUUGCUUUGUCAUCAACUCCAGAACCAGAAUAUUCUCUUCCUGAGCCCGGUUUCCCAAAGCAUCUUAAGGCUAAGUUCAUUGUUAGAACCUUCGUAGGAGCAACGUUAAAUCUCCGAGCUGUUUCCCAGAAGCAUUGUUAUUAACGUUGCACUUGAAAUGCUCGUAAUCUAACACCUUCCUCAGACCACUCGUAGAACAGUGUGUCGUUUGAUGCUUUUUUGCCCUCCUGUGUCACUUUAUACACAGAUCUCCACUCAACAUAGAAUCACAUGGUUUAUCCGUCUUUGUGACCAUGAUAACUUCAGAACAAAGUUGACUACAAAUACAAAGUUGACAAUAUAUUUGUAAAUUAUUUAAAAAAAACAAGCAUUGUAUACAAUUAUGCUUCAAACAACUAAAAGCUUUGACUGAGCUGAGAGGGAGCUGACCCUCUGAAGGGGUGGGAUGGCCAAGAAACCAGAAGUGGCUGGGGUGUAGGUUUUAAGCAUAGCCUGAAGGUAGGGAUACAAGAGGGGCGGUUCCCUUGCUGCUCAGUAGCAAGCACCAUGGUCUUGUAAUGGUUGGGGAGAAUGGGCUUGUGGUAAUGACUGGAGCGGAAUCAGUGGAAUGGUAUCAAAUACAUCAAACACGUGGUUUCCGGGUAUCUGAUGCCGUUCCAUUUGCUCCGUUCGGGCCAUUAUUAUGAGCCGUUGUCCCCUCAGCAGCCUAUGCUCGCCAAUCCAAAAUGGGUAGAUUUUGGGAAGUGUGUUACCAAAUAUCUGCGCUAUGCUCAGGAAAAUGAGAAAAUGCCUCAAAAGGUGGAGGUCUUCCAGUGACAUCUUUGUUCUUUUCCUUUCACUUCACCAGAGGAGCCAGAUGGAGAGGAAGAGAGAAGGGGGUUGUGGCCAUAGAUCUCCACUGGUCCAUGGGGAGAGACCCGGCUCCCCUGUACCCAGCUGUGUAUCUAUGAAGAGUGAAAAUUCUAUAUAUCUGCCAAUAGACUUCAGUGGUGGAGACUUUACCCGUGAACAAAGAACAAUUGGUGACCAAGAGCAGAGGUUAGAGUCAGAGAUUCCGAGUGAUGAACUUCCUCUGGUGUACCGACUCAAAUCUACCCUGAAGAAGAGACAUGAAUGCAUAUUUGAGGGAAUAGCUGAACAAGGCCACUCAACACUUCUCAAUAAGAUCUACACAGAGCUCUACAUCACAGAGGGUGGAAGCGGAGAUGUCAAUAACGAACACGAGGUGAGACAGAUUGAAACAGCUUCCAGGAAAUCAGCAGCACAAUGGACACGAAUCAAAUGUAAUGACAUCUUUAAACCCUCACCUGGACAAGACAAACCUAUCAAAACUGUGCUGACAAAGGGAGUGGCUGGCAUUGGAAAAACAGUCUCUGUGCAGAAGUUCCUUCUGGACUGGGCUGAAGGAAAGGCUAAUCAGGAUGUACAGUUCAUAUUUCCACUUCCUUUUCGGGAGCUGAAUUUCAUGAAAAAUAAAAUGAUCUGUUUGAAUGAACUUAUAGAUCACUAUUUCAUUGAGAUGAAAGAAUCUGGAAUCUCCAACUUUGACAGCUACAAAGUUAUGUUUGUUCUUGAUGGUCUGGAUGAGUUUCGACUUCCUCUAGACUUCAAGAACAACGAGAGCUGCUGUGAUGUCACACAGUCAACCUCCGUGGAUGUGCUGCUAACAAACCUCAUCAAGGGGAAUCUGCUCCCCUCUGCUCUUGUCUGGAUAACAUCCCGACCAGCAGCAGCCAAUCAGAUUCCUCCAGAGUGUGUUGACCAGGUGACAGAGGUACAAGGUUUCAACGACCCACAGAAGGAGGAGUACUUCAAGAAUAGAAUCAGUGAUGAGAACCUGGCCAGCAGAAUCAUCACACACAUUAAGUCAUCAAGGAGCCUCUACAUCAUGUGCCACAUACCAGUCUUCAGUUGGAUUACGGCCACUGUUCUAGAGAGACUGUUGUGUCAGGCAGAGAGUGGAGAGAUGCCCAGGAAUCAGACUCAAAUGUACACACACUUUCUGGUAUUUCAGACCAAACAAGGGAUUCAGAAGUAUCUUGAAGACCAUGACCGAGAUCCACACUGGGAUAAAACGAUAAUUCUCUCUCUGGGAAAACUGGCACUCAAACAACUGGAAAAAGGCAAUCUGAUCUUCUAUGAGGAAGACCUAAGGGAUUGUGGCAUUGAUGUCAGAGAAGCAUCAGUGUACUCAGGAGUGUGCACACAGAUCUUCAGAGAGGAAUGUGGGCUGUACCAGAAGAAUGUGUACUGCUUUGUGCAUCUGAGCAUUCAGGAGUUUCUUGCUGCAUUAUAUGUGUUCCUCACAUUCAACCAAAGCAGAGAGAAUCCACUGGUCAAAAAGAGAUCUUCAUUCAGGGACCAUGAAUCAUCAAUCGGACACAAAUCUACGAUCGACUUCUACAACAGUGCAGUAGAUAAAGCUUUACAGAGCGAGAAUGGACACCUGGAUCUGUUCCUCCGCUUUCUUCUGGGCCUUUCACUGGAGUCCAAUCAGACUCUCCUACGAGGCCUACUGUCACAAACAGGGAGCAGCUCACUGACAAAUGUGGAAACGGUCAAAUACAUCAACGAGAAGAUAAGGGAGAAUCCCUCACCAGAGAAAUGCAUCAAUCUGUUCCACUGUCUGAAUGAGCUGAAUGACCACUAUCUAGUGUGGGAGAUCCAAAGCUACUUAAACUCAGGAAGUCUCUCAGAAGCCAAAUUGUCACCUACAGAGUGGUCAGCUCUGGUCUUUGUGUUGCUGACUUCAGAAGAGGAGCUGGAUGUUCUUGACCUAAAUAGGUUCUCCAGAUCAGAGGAAGGUCUUCUGAGGCUGCUGCCAGUGGUCAAAGCCUCCAGAACAGCUCUGUUGAAUAGAUGUAAACUCACAGAGAGAUGUUGUGAAGAGUUGGCAUCAGCUCUCAGCUCAAAUUCUUCACAACUGAAAGAACUGGACCUGAGUGACAAUGACCUGCAAGAUUCGGGAGUGGAGCUGCUGUCUGCUGGACUGGGGAAUCCACAGUGUAAACUGGAAACACUGAGGUUGAAUAGCUGUAAACUCACAGAGAGAUGUUGUGAACAGUUGGCCUCAGUUCUCAUCUCAAACUCAAACCUGAGAGAGCUGGAUCUGAGUGACAAUGACCUGCAGGAUUCAGGAGUGGAGCUGCUGUCUGCUGGACUGGCGAGUCUGCAAUGUAAACUGGAGACACUGAGGCUACGUGGAUGUAACCUCACAGAGCGUUGUUGUGAAGCACUGGCCUCAGUUCUUAGCUCAAAUUCCUCAUGCCUGAGAAAGCUGGACUUGGGUGUGAAUGACCUGCAGGAUUCAGGAGUGAAGCUGCUCUCUGCCGGACUGGGCAGUCCAACCUGUAAACUACAGACACUGAGGUUGAAUAGCUGUAAACUCACAGAGAGAUGUUGUGAAGAGUUGGCCUCCGUUCUCAUCUCAAACGCACACCUGAGAGAGCUGGAUCUGAGUGACAAUGACCUGCAGGAUUCAGGAGUGGAGCUGCUGUCUGCUGGACUGGGGAGUCUGCAAUGUAAACUGGAGACACUGAGGCUGAACCGAUGUAACAUCACAAAGAACAACUCAACUCUCAGCUCAAACUCAUCACACCUGAAAGAACUGGACCUGAGUUACAGUCAGCCAGGAGACCCAAGAGAUCUAGGAGACCCAGGAGACCCAGGAGACCCAGGAGACCCAGGAGUAGAGCUGCUCACUGCUGCUCUGGAGGAUCCUCAAUAUCAUCUCAAAACAGUCAGUGGCCACGGUGAAGAGUUUUUGCUGUUUCAGAGAUCCUCAGUAGUUGCAUGUGAGCUAACACUGGACCCGAACACAGCAAACCGACAUCUCUCUCUGUCUGAGGACAACAGAAAGGUGACGUGGGAGAUAGAAGAACAACUGCAUCCUGAUCACCCAGACAGAUUUAUGGACUGGACACAGGUGCUUUGUAGAGAAGGUCUGACUGGGCGCAGCUACUGGGAGGCAGAGUGGAGCGGGGAUUUGGUUGAUAUAGCAGUAACGUAUAAAGGAAUCAGCAGGAAAGGAGUGGGGAAAGACUGUGGGUUUGGAUUUAAUGACAAGUCCUGGAGAAUGUUGUGCUCUGAUCAGAAGUACACUGCCUUGUACAAUAAUAGGUGUACUUUCAUACCUGUCCCCUGCUCCAACAGAGUAGGAGUGUAUCUGGACUGGCCGGCUGGCACUCUGUCCUUCUACAGCGUCUCCUCAGACACAGCAACUCUACUGCACACGUUCCAAGCCAAAUUCACUGAACCUCUUUACCCAGGGUUUAGGCUUUGGGUUGGCUCUUCAGUGACCCUGUGCCACGUAGACACCAAAGCCUUCAAAGAAACACAGUCGUAAGUUUGUCGUGAUAAUUGUGACGGCCACACAUUUGAUGUGUUCAGUGAAACAUAAUACCAAUUAAGUGGGAAAAAAUAUCAGAAAUUGGCUGCCUAACUAAACGCAGCCAUUGAGCUGCACAUUAAAAAUCAGUUUACUCAUGCAGUUUAAAAUUCACUUCGCAUAACACACCAAGCUUUACAAGACGCAGUGUUUUCAAAUAUCCCAAAAAUAUUUAUUAAAAGAGAACUUUCCCAAGCCUCCCCCAUUUCUCCUUCACCCAAAUCCAGAUAGCUGAGGUUCUGAAAGAGUUGCAAAAUCUGGACCCCUACAAAUCAGCCGGGCUAGAAAAUCUGGACCUUCUCUUUCUAAAAUGAUCUGCCGCAAUUGUUGCAACCCCUAUUACUAGCCUGUUCAACCUCUCUUUCGUAUCGUCUGAGAUCCCCAAAGAUUGGAAAGCUGCCACGGUCAUCCCCCUCUUCAGAGGGGGAGACACUCUAGACCCAAACUGUUACAGACCUAUAUGUAUCCUACCCUGCCUUUUCUAAGGUCUUCGAAAGCCAAGUUAACAAGCAGAUCACCGACCAUUUCGAAUCCCACCGUACCUUCUCCGCUUUGCAAUCUGGUUUCUGAGCUGGUCAUGGAUCCACAUCAGCAAUGCUCAAGGUCCUAAACGAUAUCAUAACCGCCAUCAAUAAAAGACAAUACCGUGCAGCUGUAUUCAUCGACCUGGCCAAGGCUUUCGACUCUGUCAAUCACCACAUUCUUAUCGGCAGACUCAACAGCCUUGGUUUCUCAAAGGAUUGCCUCGCCUGGUUCAUCAACUACUUCUCAGACAGUGUUCAGUGUCUCAAAUUGGAGGGCCUGUUAUCCGGACCUCUGGACCUAUGGUACUAUGGGGGUGCCUCAGGGUUCAAUUCUCGGGCCGACUCUCUUCUCUGUAUACAUCAAUGAUGUCGCUCUUGCUGCUGGUGAUUCUCUGAUCCACCUCUACGCAGACGACACCAUUCUGUAUACUUCUAGCCCUUCUUUGGACACUGUGUUAACUAACCUCCAGAUGAGCUUCAAUACCAUAUAACUCUCCUUCCAUGGCCUCCAACUUAAUUGAAAGUAAAACUAAAUGCAUGCUCUUCAACCGAUCGCUGCCCGUACGUCCAGCAUCACUACUCUGGACGGUUCUGACUUAAAAAUAUGUGGACAACUACAAUCACCUCGGUGUCUGGUUAGAUUGUAAACUCUCCUUCCAGACUCGCAUUAAGCAUCUCCAAUCCAAAAAUUCAAUAUGCUAACCAUGUGUAUGUGAUCAAUAACAUCUGCUAACCAUGUGUAUGUGACCAAUAACAUCUGCUAACCAUGUGUAUGUGACCAAUAACAUAUGCUAACCAUGUGUAUGUGACCAAUAACAUCUGCUAACCAUGUGUAUGUGACCAAUAACAUCUGCUAACCAUGUGUAUGUGACCAAUAACAUCUGCUAACCAUGUGUAUGUGACCAAUAACAUCUGCUAACCAUGUGUAUGUGACCAAUAACAUCUGCUAACCAUGUGUAUGUGACCAAUACAAUUUGAUUUGAUUUGGUAGAUCUAUGGUUUUAUGGUACAUUUUUUUUAUGGCUCUUGACUUUCUAUUCUGUAUUGUGUUUUUGUUUCGUACGGUAUGUGUAUUUUGUCAAACAUUGUUGUCAAAAUGCUUUUUGAUACUACAUGUAUACGUUUUGACUAUAACCAUUUAAAACAUUUGCAUAAAAGCUCCAUAGACUUCAAUGGUACAUUUUUUGGGGGGGGAUUCGCCACUGCUCUUGAACCGUCGAAGCUACAAACACCAAACCAACAUUGUAAUCUACAGUCUUAACUUAGAUUGCUUCAACACAGCUUUUUGCUACCAAUUUACAUAACACCUUUCUAAAGAAACAGUCAUAACACAUUUACUUUUGCAGUAUCAUUCAUAACAACCAUCAUAACACAUUUAUUGAACAUCUUUAGGAUAUUUUAUUCUAUAAAGUAGAAGUCCCCGUCCCCCCCCACAUACAUUUUUAUCAAUCCAUUGUACAACAAAAAAUUGCUUAUAUAUUUACUGUCACAGCACCCGACCUCCUAACAACCCGGCACAGUGUCAGCCCAGCAUUACCACGGAUAAAAGGGGAAACACAGAUUACACGUGGGGUUAAAACCUCAAGCAUCCACUGGGGGUUUCCACUCACCACCGAAUAGGGAAAGGGGGAUGUGAAACUCUGACAAAUUAAAAGAAUAUUGCUACAUGCUCUCCUCUUACCAUGCAAGAUGAUUUUAUAUUAUGGAAUAGAGCGAGAUACAGAUAUGAGACACAGGAUCUUAAUUUGACCAGUUUCUCACAGCAGGAAAAUAAUCCUACAGCUACAGGAAAUAUGAAUUAUUAUGCGGAUUAUAAUUAAUGGACAUUUUUGUAGGGGUUGAUGGGAAAAAAAUAUUCUUUCAAAUCAAGUAUGAUAUUUUUAAUUAGAAAUUAAAAUUGUUUCGAACCUUUUUAUAACUCAAACAGAACAUUUAAAAAUUCAAAUACAAUAAGUCUCUGAUAUCAGGGUGAUCAUUAUAAGCUCCUUAAUAGGGCCGGCCCUAGCCUUUUGCGAGAUUUGGUUGAAAAAUGUACUUUUAGGAUCUGUGUCCCGCUAGCGGGACAACGUCCGGUGAAACUGGAGGGCGCGCAAUUCAAAUGAAUAAUCAUACAUUUGAAACAUUUAUGUACAAAAUUUGUGUCUUAUAUCGGCUGAAAGCUUAAAUUCUUGUUAAUCUAACUGCACUGUUCGAUUUACAGUAGCUAUUACAGCGAAAACAUGCCAUACGAUUGUUUGCGGACGGUGCCCCACAUCAAAAUAUUUUUCUAGCGGCACAGUUCAAAUAUAACAAUUAAAUAUUCACUUACUUUUUGAAAAUCUUCCUCUGAUUUGUCAUCCAAAGGGUCCCAGCUAUAACAUGUAGUGUCGUUUUGUUAGAUAAAAUCCUUCUUUAUAGCCCAAAAAGUCAGUUUAGUUGGCGCCAUCGAUUUGAGUAAUGUUCUUAUUCAACUUGCAGAGAAAGGAAUCCAAAAAUCUACCCUUAAACUUUGUUUCAACAAGUCAAAAUAUGUUUCUAUUUUCUCCUCAGAUACCCUAAAAUGUAAUCAAACUAUAAUAUUUCUUUCGGAAAGAAGUACGUUCAAUAGGAAAACGAUUUUAGCAGGUGGGUAAUGUCUUCAUGGCGCGUGCAAACACGAAUUUCCAAGACUGUGUCCCUCUACUAAAACUGAUUUCUUAUCGUUUUUGAAGUUAAAAGCCUGAAACCUUGAACAUAGACUGCUUACACCCUGUGGAAGCCAUAGGAAUUGCAUCCAGGGAGCUAAUUUUCUAUAUGACCUUUCUCUUGCAUUUCUAAGAGGAUGGUCUCUCAAAAAAAAAAGUUCAGGUUGGUUUUUCUUUGGAUUUUCUCCUGCCAUAUCUAUUGUUUUAUAUUCUCCUACAUUAUUUUAACAUUUCUACAAACUUCAAAAUGUUUUCUUUCCAAUGGUACCAAUUAUAUGCAUAUCCUGGCUUCAGGGCCUGAGCUACAGACUUUGGGCACGUCAUUCAAACAGGAAGUGAAGAAAAAAGGAGCCCUAAGAAGAUUUCCUACAAUUCUACACAUUUUGCCAUGGGGCGGAGGGAAACAUUUGUAGUUUUAAAGCAAAUUUUCUACAAUUCUACACAUUUAGCCAUUUCUGAUGCUAUCAGUUAUGCCAUGUUAGUAUGAUAUCUGAGUGAGAUUGACUAACAAAAUCAAUGGGAGCCCCCUGGAGGUCAGGGCCCCUGGGCACGUGUCCCUCACGUCCGGUCUCUAAUUCGGCCAUGAUUUAGAUAGCUGGGUAGACUAACUUACCAAUCAAAAACAUUUUUGCUGACAUGGGCAUAACAAGAGGAAAACUGCUGAUGAACAACCAAAUUUAUUUGGUAGCUACCUAUUUUGCUUACGGCACAGGGCUGGCCCUGCUCCCCAAUUUGGUGGCCUUGUGGUUAAAUUGUCUGCCCUGAGAUUGGAAGGUUGUGUGUUUGAUCCCAGGUCAAAUGAUACCAAUGACUGUGAAAAUGGAGUCCGAUACAUCUCUGUUUGGCAUUAGGGAAAUACAGUGCAUUCGGAAAGUAUUCAGACUUGACUCCGCCGGACUUUUUCCACACGUUGUUACGUUAUAGCCUUAUUCAACAAUGGAUUAAAUUAAAUGUUUCCCUCAUCAAUCUACACACAAUAACCCAUAAUAACAAAGUGAAAACAGGCUUUUGAAAUGUUUUGCUAAUUUAUUAAUAACAAAAAAACUUAUUCACAUAAGUAUUCAGACCCUUUGCUUAGAGACUCGGAAAUUCCGAUCUGGUGUAUCCUGUUUUCAUUGAUCAUCCUUGAUGUUUCUACAACUUGAUUGGAGUCCACCUGUGGUAAAUUCAAUUGAUUGGAAAUGAUUUGGAAAGGCACACACCUGUCUAUAUAAGGUCCCACAGUUGACAGUGCAUGUCAAAGAAAAAUGAGGUCGAAGGAAUUGUCCGUAGAGCUCAGAGACAGGAUUGUGUCGACGCACAGAUAUGGGGGAUGGUACCAAAAAAAGUCUGCAGCAUUGAAGGUCCCCAAGAACACAGUAGCUUCCAUCAUUCUUAAAUGGAAGAAGUUUGGAUCCACCAAGACUCUUUCUAGAUCUGGGCAAUUGAACAAUCAGGGGGAGAAGGGCCUUGGUCAGGGAGGUGACCAAGAACCUGAUGGUCACUCUGAGCGCUCCAGAGUUCCUCUGUGGAGAUGGGAGAACCUUCCAGAAGGACAACCAUCUCUGCAGUAUUCCACCAAUCAGGCCUUUAUGGUAGAGUGGCCAGACGGAAGCCACUCCUCGUUAAAUCACAUGACAGCCCGCUUGGAGUUUGCCAAAAGGCGCCUAAAGGACUCUCAGACGAUGAGAAACCAGAUUUUCUGGUCUGAUGAAACCAAGAUCGAACUCUUUGGCCUGAGCGUCACACCUGGAGGAAUCCUGGCACCAUCCCUACGGUGAAGCAUGGUGGGGAUGCUGUGGGGAUGUUUUUCAGCAGCAGUGACUGGGAGACUAGUCAGGAUCAAGGGAAAGAUGAAUGGAGUAAAGUACAGAGAGAGAGAUCCUUGACGAAAACCUGCUCCAGAGCGCUCAGGAUCUCGGACUCGGGCGAAGGUUUACCUUUCAACAGGACAACGACCCUAAGCACACUGCCAAGACAAUGUAGGAGUGGCUUAGGGACAAGUGUCUGAAUGUCUUUGAGUGGCCCUGCCAGGGCCCGGACUUGAACCUGAUCGAACAUCUCUGGAGAGACCUGAAAAUAGCUGUGCAGCGACGGUCCCCAUCCAACCUGACAGAGCUUGAGAGGAUCUGCAGAGAAGAAUGGGAGAAACUCCACAAAUGACUAGCAUCCUGUCCAGAGUGUGUACAGCAAGCUUAAUCAUGUUACAGAAACAGGAGAUCUGCUCCUAUGAGCCAUUUAGCUCAAGGCUACUUACUUCCUUUUAACACGGACAAAGAGAUGCUUGUCCUUUCUGUACAGUUCUGGGUAUUUAAAUAUAGCCUCUACUGUGACGCAAUAAAACAAGCUAUCAGAGGCAUAUCUAUAUUUCAGUUAAGUGUUUCUGUAAAUUGUGUAGCAGUUCUUGGAAUAUUUAUUUUUCCCAGAGAUGUUUUCUAUAGACAUUCACCAUUCAAAAACCUCAUGGAGCAUCCUCCAUUUUGUUUUCUUCAAUGGUGGUAUUGGUGGAUAUUCUUCUGACUUGAAAGAGGUUCAAAUAGUAAGCCUUUUAUUCAGAAAGACAAGAAUAAACCACGAAAAUGACAGUCACACAGCACCCCUACAAUUUCCUCUGUCUUUUGUCAUGCCGAAGCGAACAGAGAAGCAGUGGAGAAUGGAACAAUAGAGAGGAGAUGAAAGGUGUGAGGAAAACAGGUGGAAGUAGAGAGAGAGAAAAUAAUAGAAAACGAGAAAACGAGUGGGUGGUUGAGAGGAAGGAAGGCUAGCCUUUAUGGUGAGUCUCCCCUUGUCAGUACAGAGCCUCUCCUGCAUCAAGACCCCUAUACUGUACAGUUCUAAUACUAGUCUAUACUAUGCUGUGCUUAUUUGUGGCCAAGACCUGGAGAUUUCACCAACCUUAGAGAUCCGCAGACAAAUCCCUGAAGAACAACAAGACCCCUGGCAUUGACAGCAUCCCUGCUGAGAUGUUCAAACCCCGUGCACCCCGAAACACUCUCUUUAUUACCAAAGUCUGGGAGCAUGAAACCAUCUCCCGGUGAGUGGUGGCACGCCAACAUAAUACAAUAACAAGUCCACUUGUGGGCUGUUGCUGCCAAAGUACUGCUUCACAGACUGGUCCAGAACAUCACUGAAGACCUGCUAACUGAGUCACAGUGUGGUUUCAGGAGAAGCAGGAGCGCUGUGGACAUGACAGCUUGUUGGUGAUGUGGACACCAAGGAACUUGAAGCUCUCAACCUGUUCCACAGUCAGCCCCGUCGAUGAGAAUGGAGGAGUGCUCGGUCCUCCUUUUCCUGUAGUCCACAAUCAUCUCCACAAUCAUCUCCGAUCUGUGUAGAUCCGCAAUACAUGUUUGGACUUAGCUUAAUACUGAAGCAUGUCUGUUCUACAAAAUAUAUUCCCAAAUAUUGUAUUUCCUCUGUUUAGCUGUGUGCACUAAACUGACAUCUAUGAUUGUUGCUGACACUCAGAUGUUCUGUUAAAGGGAUUUAAAUAGUCUAGAAUGCACCGCUGUGCUCACCUCAAACAUCGGUGCGUAGCCUAUUGUAGCUACUGGGAAAAGUAAUUCAAAGCCUCCACUUUAUUACUCAGGUCAAGAUGCAACUUUCCAGUGCUACCCAUUUUUUGCCAUGUAAUGCUGUUAUUAAAACGAAUCAGACAACCCAAUAGUAGAUUAGUUAAGUUGGCAUGUUGCUGGGCGCUUUAGGAGAGAAAUAUUCAGUUGCAAUAGGGAGGGAAACAUGUAUUCUGACAAGCAGUCAAUGCAUUUUUGAAACCAUUUUUGGCAGAUGUAUUUUGAAAGCAGUAACCUUUGUUAAAAAAAAGAAUGGGGAACCACUUUUUGCUACCAUUUUUUUAUUUCUGUACUCCUCCAGUGGCAUCGUUUUACAAAAUCAGCUACAACCGGAGUUUCAAGCAUGGUUUGGGAGCAGCUGCAUGACAAUAGUGAUGGGUCGUUCGCGAACGAAACAGCUCUUUUUUGAACACACAUUUCACUAUAUGACAUAAUGUUUUAGGCUUUUUUCCAUGUUUUUUCAAUGUUUAAGCCUUACUGAACAAAGAGCCGUUUGGCAGCCAAAUGAACAUGGCUCUUGUAGGUGAAUGGAGCAAAAUGAUCCGGCUCACAGAAAAGACUCGGAAUGCCCAUCACUACAGAACAGAGUUCAAAGGGGACAAUAAUGUUUAAAAGGACAAUUACAUAUUUUGUAAUAGAAACCAAUUUUUUUGUCUUUUUUUCGAGGGAAUAAUUAUUAUUUAUAUAUUUGUAUUUAUAAUGAAACAAUAAUUAAUAAUAAUAUCAAUUAGGAUGUUGUUCCCAGUGGGGUAAAUGCAGACGGACAAACGGUAUGCUUCACCCUGUCACGUCCUGACCUUAGUUCCUUUUUUACGUCUCUAUUUUGGUUUGGUCAGAGCGUGAGUUGGGGUGGGCAUUCUAUGUUUUGCAUUCUAUGUGUUGUAUUUCUUUGUUGUUUGGCCGGGGUGUGGUUCUCAAUCAGAGGCAGCUGUCUAUCGUUGUCUCUGAUUGAGAACCAUACUUAGGUAGCCUUUUCCCACCUGGUGUUUGUGGGUAGUUGUUUUGUGUUGUGUCACCUUUCAGGACUGUUUCGAUUUUCGUUGUUUCACUUUUGUUAUUUUGUAUUUAGUGUUCAGUUAUAAUAAAUUAACAUGGACACGUACCACGCUGCAUUUUGGUCCGAUCUUUCCUGUUCUUCAGAUGAAAAUCGUUACACACCCUGUGUCCAUUUUAAGCCACUAUGCUGCAUCAGUUGGGCAACGGGUGAUAAUGCUUAUUGCUAAUAGCAACUCUGAUAAACCAUAGGCCAUAUGGUCUAAUAUGUAAACACAGUUUUAACAUCUUUAACCUGUCUCCUCCCCUUCAUUUUUACCAAUAUGUUUUGGGGCUCAUUUCUGGAGAUGGUAAUUAUAUUUCAUUUGGUGUCGGCAUCAUUUAAUUAGAAUUCAUUUUGGAGUAAUAUGACCUUUUAAAAAGUCACCAGAACUGAGCUUCUCGGUACUUCUUUCUAGAAAUGAUCCCGGGGGAGGACCCCGGACCCCCUCAGCAAGGGGACUGGAAUUAGUCAAACUUGCAGUUUAAUACAUGCACAAAAUUAUCCUCUUUCCCUAAAAGCAUGAUGGUCAUGACUUUCUGACAUGAAAGGGCAGGUUAAUUUGGCCCCAGACAAUCGAUCUGAGAUCGACUUAAGUUUCAGUCACAGCAUUUUUAUUUUAUUUUACACCCUGCGUUUUUUGGGGCAAAGCAUGUUGCUGGCUCACACCUAAGAACCAAUUUGUUAUGCAACUUGUGUCUAGGAUUCCUGUUCCUCUCAGUGUGUCUUGGUACACAACUUCGAUUUGAGUUAUCAGUUUAAGAUCUUAGAUGCUGUUUUAUCGACAAUGUUUUCAAACGGGAGAUUGGGUAUUAAAGAACUACAGAAAGAGGACCUAACAGCUUUUAGCAACCAGCAGAAAAAUAGCACGGGACAAUGCUUUGUGAUUCGUUACACCACUUCUAUCCGACAACAACAUUAUCAUCUACUUUACUCCUAUACUUUUUUUGUAAUGUUUAAGAUUCUAAAGCCUUACUCAGUCCCACCAAUGGGGGGACAGAUUUAGAGGUCAGGCCUAAAACCAAGCGAGACGUCAGCCCUGAUAGAGUGGCAGGAUUAGCGGUGACUAAUCCCGUGGUUUGGCUAUUAUCUGGUUGUGACGUCAGCAAGUCUCUGGGGGUAUUGCCACAGAUAUGGUGCGUGCGCAUGAUAGUAGUGUUCACUUCAGGCACCAAUUGAAUUAUCUGUCUGAACUAGUGGUUUUGAGACUGAAGAGUUAUUGACCUUCUCAUAACCCUCUUUUGAAGAAACAAGUUGGUUCUGGUUUGUGUGUAUUGGUGCUUACUGUGUUUUGGGGGCGUUGUCUGUCUGCCUGUCUGCCUGUCUGUAUUGGGUACAUAAAGCAUUGAUGGUGUCUAUACCUGUAUGUUUGUCUUUGAAAGAAAAAGUAUAAUAAUUCAAACGAGUAUGUCGCAGACAAUGUUAUUGUUGAAUCCAAGUUGAACCCAUGUUGAACCCAGGUGAACCCAUGUUGAACCCAGGUGAACCCAUGUUGAACCCAUGUUGAACCCGGGUGAACCCAUGUUGAACCCAUGAGACAAUGUUAUUGUUGAAUCCAAGUUGAACCCAUGUUGAACCCAGGUGAACCCAUGUUGAACCCAGGUGAACCCAUGUUGAACCCAGGUGAACCCAUGUUGAACCCGGGUGAACCCAUGUUGAACCCAUGUUGAACCCAGGUGAACCCAUGUUAAACCCUAGUGAACCCAGGUGUCAAAGAGAGCACAUGGACAGGUGCAUUCUGACGUCUUUAUUGGGUAACUGGUGUCAUCAAUUUGAUCCAGGCACAAAUCACCAUUUGUGAUUUUUCAAGGAACAUUUCCAACUCUUCCCCUGAGUCGAGUGAAUUAACCCCAAACUUGAUCCAAACUAUUCCAGUGCCACUCUCUGUUUAGACCAUCGUCCUUGUCUUUCAUUGUCGUAUUUUCCCAUGUUUUCAUUCUUUAUUCUUUCUUUCCUGUGCUUCUUUCCUACACUAUCCCCACCAUUCUUCCCCUCCUGUAUCCAUCUCUUUCUCCCCUGUGUGUGUGGAGUGGCGUGUAGCAUUGGCAGCGGAUCUGGUUUAUGCUGCUCCUUUAUGAGUGAAAGUGAAUGAGGACAUCAGACUGACAUCUAAUAGUGACGAGGACAUCAGACUGACAUAUAUUAGUGAUGAGGACAUCAGACUGACAUAUACAGUGGGGCAAAAAAGUAUUUAGUCAGCCACCAAUUGUGCAAGUUCUCCCACUUAAAAAGAUGAGAGAGGCCUGUAAUUUUCAUCAUAGGUACACUUCAACUAUGACAGACAAAAUGAGAAAAAAAUCCAGAAAAUCACAUUGUAGGAUUUUUAAUUAAUUAAUUUGCAAAUUAUGGUAAAAAAUAAUUAUUAUCAUAUGAGGGCCUCAGACUGACAUCUAUUAGUGAUGAGGACCUCAGACUGACAUCUAUUAGUGAUGAGGACAUCAGACUGACAUAUAUUAGGGAUGAGGACCUCAGACUGACAUAUAUUAGUGAUGAGGACCUCAGACUGACAUAUAUUAGGGAUGAGGACCUCAGACUGACAUAUAUUAGUGAUGAGGGCAUCAGACUGACAUCUAUUAGUGAUGAGGGCAUCAGACUGACAUAUAUUAGUGAUGAGGGCAUCAGACUGACAUAUAUUAGUGAUGAGGGCAUCAGACUGACAUCUAUUAGUGAUGAGGGCAUCAGACUGACAUAUAUUAGUGAUGAGGGCUUGGUGGUUACAGGAACCAAUGGCUUGGAUUUGCAUCCUACCUCCGGCGGUAGUCAGACAAGCCUUGAGUGCCGACAGAUCUGGACAGAGAAACUAUUUAAAGCGUAAUUAUUCCACCCUCUAAAUCAUUGACAGGUGGCAUCAUUGACUUUAUUACAUCAAUACAUUAUUUUGAAAGAUUAGAUGUGAAAUAAUAUGCAUAUAGGAAGCGACCAGAACAUCUAGUCACAAUGCAGAUGUAACAGUAUAACUUUAAACCGUCCCCUCGCCCCGACACGGGCGCGAACCAGGGACCCUCUGCACACAUCGACAACGGUCACCCACGAAGCACGGUCAUUACCCAUCGCUCCACAAAAGCCGCGGCCCUUGCAAAGCAAGGGGCAACACUACUUAUUAAGUCUCAGAGC